AUGAUCUUGAAGUACCAGGUUAUACCUGAAGAACUUGACAUUUUGGUGUCUGUAAAAACCGAUGAGGAUCUGAAGCAUAUGCUUGAUGAAUAUGAUCGUCAUGAGAUUGAAGGAACUCCAAAGCUCCGGGCCUUCUUGUUCCCUGCAAAUCCUGCUGCAACAGAAAAAUGUACUCCUAUUGAUCCCCAUCCACCAGAACAACGUUAUGUGGAUGCCAUCAAUGGUAUGGUUCGUACAACUGCCAAUUUUAGACUCCCUCCUAUCAAUGCAAAUCGUUCCUCCUUCAGCCAUUCUACUAGCUCCUCUCCGAAAAGUGCUUCUCCAGAAAGCAAUGCUGUUGAUUCUGUGCCCCAUGAUCCCAGCUUCGUGAAUAACUAUCUUGUUAGUAGAAACCCACUGAGUAGAGUCCAUAGCUCUCCGAGUCUCUGCAAUCUGAACGCCACCCACCCCCAAAGCAAUAACCAUCUCUAUCAGCAUCAUCACCAUUACUAUCCACACCACCAGCAACAUCAUCAACAUGGUCACCAACCUUCUAGACCACCUUAUGAUCCUUACCGGCUGUCACUACCUUUGUCAGUUGGACGGCCUGACUUCGGGAGGGCUCCUACCCCCAACCAAUACUACGCUAGUAGACACCAUUUUGGGAGUGGAAACUCCACCAAAUAUGCGUACUAUGAUGAAUACUCUUCCUAUGGGUUUAGGGCAGCUGAUAGAGCAGGUAGUCUUCCCCAGAGCCCCAGGACUAGAAUUGUGGAGUAG